AUGGUGAAGGGCUUUAGGAGGAUUAUUCGGAACAGGGUGAUUGCUGAUUCUACUGUUCGUUCCUUUCACACAAGUACACCAAAACAAGCUGCAAAGAAAGACUAUUAUGAAAUCCUUGGACUCACCAGAAACUGUUCAGCAAAAGACAUUAAAAAAGCUUAUUACCAGUUGGCAAAGAAAUAUCAUCCUGACACCAAUAAAGAAGAUCCCAAUGCUGCUAAAAAGUUUCAAGAGGUUUCAGAGGCUUAUGAGGUUCUAAGUGAUGAUGAAAAACGGCAACAAUAUGAUCAGUGGGGAUCAUCUGCAGAACAGAUGUGGUCAGGAAGCGGACGUGGAAGCAAUAUGGGUAACGAAGGAUUCAGAUGGCAGUACAGUUCAUCUAUCGACCCUCAUGAGCUUUUUAAGAAGAUCUUUGGUGGUUCAGGUAUUCCUAACAACUUUGAUGAUUUUGCGGAGUCCCGUUUUGGGCAUAGCGCAGCUGAGGAAAUUAUAAUGAAGCUGUCGUUUUCUCAAGCUGUCAGAGGUGUCAAUAAAGAUGUGUAUGUAAAUGUAGUGGAAAUAUGUCCAAAAUGCAAUGGCAGCAGAUCAGAGCCUGGGACAAAACCUAUUAAAUGUUCAUACUGCAAUGGUACCGGUUUUGAAACAGUAUCGACAGGUCCUUUUGUCAUGAGGACAACUUGUAGAUACUGCCAGGGGACAAAAAUGUUAAUUAAAUUUCCUUGUGUUGAGUGUGAAGCAAAAGGAAGUGUGGUACAAAGAAAAAAAGUUACCGUUCCAGUCCCAGCAGGUAUUGUGAUGAUGUACCUUUCAUAA